AGCAUACCUUGCCAAUUGAAACAUCCUUCAUCACCUGAGCUGAUCGUCGACCGAGAGGCCUCACUCAGGCUUUCUCUCGCGCUCAAUGUACCGCAGCGGCGGAAGAGGGACAUUCAAGCCUCCGUCCUUCUUACAGCGGACUGACAGUGCUGGUAGUGCAUCAGCGGGGCCCUCUGCACCUCGGUAUGCUUCAGGUGAGACGCCAGACCGCCCUGUGGCACCCCUGAAGAGGCAGUCCACCACCUCAACCAUCUAUGAUAGAGGCGAAGUUGGCGAAGUGGACGAUGAGACCCGGACAUCGACAAAUCUCACCCCUCAGCGAGGGCAAGCCAUCAGCGCCCAGACGCCACCCAUGUCCCGCCUCUCCUCACUCACACGGCAGAGCGGCGGUAGCACGGCCCCGCAAACGCAUAGAAGCCCAGCAAGUGGAUCUUCUGAAAGCGAGGAGUACUACAUGUGCACUUGGAGGAAGCCUCAGGGGCGCAAGCAUAAGACAUGGGACGGUGACGCCGUGCUGAUCGUUAAUCGAGCUCAGGGGACCUGCAAGCUCAAGUGCCAAGAAAGUGGAAGGGAGCUUGGAUUCAGCAAUAAGAUCGUAGCUGAAGACUUGGGCGGAGGCGAAGAGCUCACUGUGGGAGGCAAGGAGAUCGAGAUCGACCGUCAGAUCUCCCAUCGAGAGUAUUUGUCCGGUAUCCCUGGCCAGCCAAUCUAUCCUCCCAAGAAAGUCAAGGCCAAGCAAGCUGAUUCGCGUGCGAUCUCCGUCCAGUCUACUACGCCUGCUUCGUCACGUGCGCAAGGGCUUCUUGCAGCCGCGCCUUCGGCCUCCUUCUACAGCAAGCCUCUUCCUCAGCCACGGUCGAAGCAGAAUACCGAACGGCUCUCCCCCGAGGUGGGACGUGCUCUGCAAGAGGAGUCGAGCCCCAAGAAGGCAUCCUCAAGCUCUAGCAAGAGUGCUGCAACAGCCGUCCAGCCUCGACCCCACGGUCUCUUCAAUCCAGAGACUCAGCCCGAGCCACGCUACGACCCGAACGCUUCUGGAGCAAUCGUAUUGAAGCGACCUGACGCAGAUCACCAAAAGAAGUACAACCGCAGAAAUCUUCCCAUCGUCGAUGUCGUCGUCAAUCCGAUCCUGUCGGAAGCUUUACGCCCCCAUCAAGUUGAAGGCGUCAAGUUUCUCUACGAAAGAGUCACUGGCAUCACCGAUGUCAAUGGUCAGAAAGGCGCCAUCCUGGCUGACGAGAUGGGACUGGGUAAGACACUACAGACGAUUACCCUCAUCGAGACGCUUCUGCGCCAGAGCCCUUAUUACACAUCCAAGCCUUGCGUCAUUGAAAAGGCUCUCGUUGUUUGUCCCCUGUCGCUCGUCAAGAAUUGGAAGCGGGAGUUCCGCAAGUGGCUAGGCCCAACGACGAUUGGCGUGGUCGCUGUCGACGGCUCCAAGAGUAAGGAAGCCACGCAGCGCUUUGUCACCUCAAGGCGAGAUCAAGUGCUCAUCAUAGGCUACGAGAAAUUGCGGACCUGCAUCGACAUUCUGUCGACUGCUCAGCCGCAGAUCGGGCUGAUUGUCUGUGAUGAGGGACACCGUCUGAAGUCGAAAGACACGAAGACGAACAAGAUCUUCGCACAGCUCUCUACAAGUCGGAGAAUCAUUCUGACCGGUACACCAAUUCAGAACGACUUGUCGGAGCUCUACGCCAUGAUCGACUUCGUCUGCCCUGGCUUGCUGGGAAGCUACAACUCCUUCAAGGCGAUCUUCGAGGAUCCCAUCCUCAAGAGUCGAGUGCAGCAUUGCUCGAAGGAGGUGCGAGACUUAGGUGCACAACGCAGCCUCACGCUCUCCACAGUGACGCAGCUCGUCGUCAUCCGCCGGACAGCAGACAUCCUCGAUGGCUUCCUACUGCCCAAGAAUGAGACGGUCAUCUUCUGCAGUCCAUCGAAGCUACAGCUUGAGCUCUAUCGACGAGUGCUCAAGUCGACGGAAGUGAGGGCAUUAACCAGUGGGAGCGCUGGAGGAUCAGCUCUUCCCCUUAUCACGAUGCUUCGACAGAUCUGUGACUCUCCUGAGCUUCUGCUGAAAGAAGGCAUGGCGUCUGGCAGCAGCAACGGCACUUUAGCCGGCGACCUGCUGAGCGAUGCUCGUCACCUCUUCCCGUCGAGGAAAGUCACCGGAGACGAGAGUCUAAGUGGGAAGCUGACUGUCAUCAGUCGGAUGCUAAAAAAGAUCAAGUCGACGACGGAUGACAAGGUCGUCUUAGUCUCCACCUUCACCUCGACAUUGGAUGUGCUGGAGGCAUUCUGCAAGAAGCUUAGGUACCCGUAUGUACGUCUCGAUGGUCAGACGAAGCAGGAUGACCGCCUAGACAUUGUCAACACCUUCAACCGUUCGCCAGUCAGAUCAUCCUUCGUCUUCCUUCUUUCUACCCGGGCAGGCGGUGUGGGUCUGAAUCUGAUCGGAGCCAACCGUCUCUUCCUUCUCGAACCAGAAUGGAAUCCGGCUCUAGAUCAACAAGCGAUGGCCCGUAUCCACCGCGAUGGUCAGCAGAAGCACUGCUUCAUCUACAGGAUGAUGCUGAGCGGAACAAUGGACGAGAAGAUCUUCCAGAGGCAGAUCACAAAGCUUGGCUUGUCCGAUACUCUCAUGAACACUUCUUCGAGCAAGGACAAGAAGAAUGUCGGUCGUGGUGGCGAUUCGGGCAAGAGGGGUAAAGGAGGAGAUUCCUUCUCGCAGGAAGAGCUCAAGGAUAUCUUCACAUUGCACGAAGACACGCCUUGUCUGUGUCACGAUCUGCUCAUCUGCACAUGCGGUGGUAAGGGUGUGCUCAUUGGCGAAGGAGAGCAAGGAGGUGAGGGCGAUGGAGAGCACAGCUCGGACGAGGAUUCUCCGCCGCCCCCGUCUUUCAUCCCUGCCUCCAUGCAACAAGCUACGCGCGAUGUCCAGCUCGCAAGGGAAGCCCGCUCCCGUCUCGCCGGUCUGGCCGACUGGCGACACGUGGACCUGACGGAUCCCGCCUCCUUCACCCCUCUCAACGACGAGAUUAUAAAUGCCGUCGUGUCCGCCCAGGCUCCCAUGCAGGGGGUUUCAUCCGCCGUCAAGCAAGGCAGCAAUGCUCUGCCAGGCGGACUCGACGAUGACGAAGAGGAAGACUUGAUCUCCCCAACCCCCGAGGAGACAGAUGAUGAUGCUUCACACAAGGGCAAGUCGCUCCUAGAGCUGGCAGACUUGGAUGUGCUUGAAGCGUCUGUUGCCCGAGAUGCUCGCAAAGCCGCUGCUGCAGCAGCUGCUCUCAAGCGUCGGCAGGAAGAGGAGCGCGAGCGGGAGCGCGAGAUGGCGAUGGACAGCGGUCGGCGCUACUAUGCCGGUGGGCGUGCAGCUGGGUGGGACAUUGGUCUCUUCGAAGGUGGGAGCGUACUGUAUGCCUUUACGAAGACUUCUGGAGCUACCAACACUGGGCUCGAGGAAGAUGAAGAGGACGAGGAGGAAGGGGAGUCUAGGAUUACUCCUGUCCUUGAGCAGGAAGAAGAGGUUGGAUCUGCAAAGGCUACUGAGGCGGAUGAAGGUAGUCAGGAGGUCCUAGCUGCCGGUAAGGGCAAGGGGAAGAGAAAGAGGAGUGCUCGCUCUUCGGCUCGAUUGCUGGAUAGUGAAGAAGAAGAAGAUGCGGAGGAGGAAGACAAGGAGGAGGAGGAGGAGGAGGAGGAGGAGGAGGAGGAGGACAACGAUUCGAUCAUGGAUCUUCUAGACGCCGAAGAGGAGGAGUGAAGAUCGUCGCAGCAGAGCAUCUGCAAUUCAGUCACCAUGUCACACAUCUCACUAGGACCGUCAUUCACCACAUACGCAUACGCUGCAUACUAGAAGCGUAGUGCCCUUUGUCGAAUCCAGCAAUAGCAAUAUGUCAUUGGCAA